AUCAAAAUCUCCAUUUGUCUUCGCACUCGAUCCACUCCUACUCAGAAGAAGAAGGAAAACAACACUGAAAAAGCUUUACAAUGAGGAACCCGUCGUCUUCGUCGAAAGCAACAGCAGCAGCAAGUGCUACGAUGACAACAGCAUCGCCGUCGUCGAGCAAGGCGGGGAUUGCCGGAGGGAGUAAGACGCCGUGUUGCGUAAAGGUGGGUUUGAAGAGGGGGCCGUGGACUCCCGAAGAGGACGAGCUGCUAGCCAAUUACAUCAAGAAAGAAGGUGAAGGACGGUGGCGGACCCUCCCCAAGCAGGCUGGGUUGCUCCGCUGCGGAAAAAGCUGUCGCCUCCGCUGGAUGAACUACCUCCGCCCUUCCGUUAAGCGCGGCCAGAUCGCCCCCGAUGAAGAAGAUCUCAUUCUCCGCCUCCAUCGCCUCCUCGGCAAUCGGUGGUCUUUGAUAGCUGGGAGGAUUCCAGGUCGUACGGACAAUGAGAUAAAGAACUACUGGAACACACACCUGAGCAAGAAGCUGAUAAGCCAAGGCAUAGAUCCCAGAACCCACAAGCCUCUCAAUCCAGAUCAUCACUCUGCUGCUGCCGAUGCUGAUGUGGGCAACACAAAUAAAUCAGCUGCUGCUGCUGCUUCUUCCAAAGCCAAUAACCGAUUCUCAAACCCUAAUCCUAGUCCUCCUCCUUCUGAUCGUCUUGUCCAUCAAGGAGCGGAUCCCAGUAUCAACGGUAAUGAUGGAAACAUCGCUAUUGAUGAUCAUGAUCUGGGCACUAUAGUCCAUAGCUGUGCAAACAUGACCACGUCCAUUAACAAUCCCGAUGCUUCUUCUUCGGCCGCAGCAAUGGGCACUUUGAGUUUAAGGACCAACAACAAUAGCCACGCUGGAGUACUACUUGGGGGAGGAGGAAAUGAAGAGGACGAGGACAUCAACUGUUGUGCGGACGACGUCUUCUCUUCGUUUCUGAAUUCGUUGAUCAACGAGGAUCCAUUUUCUGUACAACACCAAUUGCAACAACAGGUACUGCACAAUGGGAAUGUUAGUACACACGCAGCUGGUGCUGGUUCCGACCACGUUCCUUUGAUUUCUAUGACUAGUGCUAGUACUAUGGCGCCGUCAACAUUUGGCUGGGACUCUGCUGUGCUCAUGUCUUCUGCUUUCAACCAAAAUGAUCACCAGAGGGUUACUGAUCAAACGGAGCAGUAGCUAGCCACCUGUUUGAUUGAUCAAUCACACUGCGCAUGUUGAAACAAGCAAUGCAGUUGCUUAAUUAGUUAAUUUAUAUGUGGAAAUUAGUCCUAGGUAGGGUUUGAAAUAUCAUAUGAAAUGUGAUUUUGUGGGUACGCGGUAUCUCUAUUCUUAAUUAUUCGACUACUUCAGCAUCGAUCAUUUUGGCACUACGGAUAGGGGCGUAUAUCACUGUAUGGUUGAUCAUGUUUGUAAUGUUAUCUAUAUAUAUGUUACCGGUAUUGUAAAACAAACAUUUGAUCAAUGUUAAUUAAUUUGUAUUUAUAAAUA